UACACUGGCCUUUGCUGUUUAGUCUAUUUUGAUAAUUUAAUUCAUUUUGCCUGAAAGUACGCGCCUCUCGUAUUAUUUCUCGUUGCUCUAUUCCCUGAGGGCAUUUCUGGCACCGUCAGCCAGUGCAGUGCGUUGUUAUCCCGAAACGCGACCGGCGAGCGUGGGCCAUCAUAUAUUUAUCAAGCAGUUGUUCCCUGCCAGUGGCAUUCCUUGUCUUGCAUUUGGACGCCAACCAAAUUGACAGCGGAGCGACUUGCGCGCGCGUGUUUGGAUCCCCGGAUUCACCGACUGGACGAAUUUACCGCAAGUUCUAGACAUGGCUAAUCCCGGACAGGCGAACCAAAUAAUGACUAUUGUCAAGGAUAUGAUCAUCUGCAUUCAGGGUGAACAGCCGCCUGAAGUGCACGAAGACACUCUUGCCCGUGCAGCUUGCUACAUCAGCAACCCUCAAAAUAGUUCGUAUCCUUCGACACCGCUGAACGAACGCGAUUGUGUCCAGAAGAUCCUACGUAUUCUGCGCUCCAGCGAUGCCACUGAUAACGACGUAGCCAGUCAUUUCACCAUAUAUUACAAUAAGCUGGCCUUGCUAAAAAUCGAUCCUCAGCUCCGUCACUCCCUAAUAGGAUUCUUGCUCGCCCUGGCAGACAAAUCGUUGUCCUCCGAGACAGGUCCUAUUUCUGGCUCGGAGACAACACUUUCGGGAGCGAGCGGGGAUUUCCUUAGUCGUCAAGUAACCAGCUUACACAGAAGCAGUUCGUCGCAUCAUAAUGGAUUCGGCCAGAGUUCUUUGGGUUCAACCAAGGGAAUGAGUAGUACCAUGGCCGUGCCGGACUACACGGACAUAUUACAUGCAAAGAAGGCACUGGACCCUUCUCAGAGCAUGGCGUUGAGUGCACUUAACUCCUUUAUCGGCAUCCCGGGAAAGCAUUUAAAGAAGGACUUCAUCACCGGCUCCUUCAAGCUGGACCCAUUGAACACCAAGGCGCUGUCCAAAGCAGAGACGGGCAUGCUCCUUCGACUGUCUGAGCUGGGCUACUAUUACGAUCGCGUGGAAAAGGUGGCGGAUGUGACAACCGGAUUUAAUCCCAUCGGCAUCAUGGGCCAAGCCCUCAUAUGCAAGCUCCGAGCAGAGCUGGGUGCAUUCCGUGGCGAGGUGUCGUUGCUAGCCGACGAGCUCAAAGCCAACUCUUCAUCGGGCAAAGAAAAAAAGGGGCUGUUAUCGCUGCUCUCCUGGUAUGUGAAGCCUCUGCAUCGCAUGCAGUGGCUGGCCAAAAUCGCCGACAAGUGCCAGAUGAUGAAGGGUGGCGAGCUGGCCUCGACCUUGUACAAUAUGCUGGAUAAUGGUAAUCCGAUGGUGAACAAUUUGGUGCGCGAGCUUCUCAUUGCCAUCUGUGUCCCGCUGGGUCGCAUGAUCUCCAAGUGGAUGCUUGAGGGCGGCAUAACCGAUCUCCAUGGCGAAUUCUUUGUGGAAGCUCUCAAUGACGUGGGUCCAGAUCGCCUCUGGCACGACAAGUUCCGUUUGCGCAAGUCCAUGCUGCCCAAGUUUAUGCCCCUGGAUCUGGCCGAUAAGAUCCUAAAGACGGGCAAAAGCAUUAAUUUUCUGAGGGAAGUGUGUGAAAUGAACGAUCUGGGCUCCAACCACGACAAACUCAAAGAUGCCAUGGACAAGAAUUCUGACCAAAUUUUCUCGUACGUGCAAGACACUGCUUGGCAUGCCGCUGUGGAAAUGUGCUACGCUCAGACCUCCAAGCACGUCCUGGACAUCAUGGUGGGUCCGCACAAGCUGCUAGAUCAUCUCUACGGAAUGCGUCGCUAUCUUCUGCUGGGCCAAGGUGACUUUGUCAGCAUCCUCAUCCAGCACAUGAAAGACGAACUGGAGCGCAAGGGCACUGAUAUCUUUGCUCACGAUCUAUCUGCCAUGUUGGAUGCCGCCCUCCGCUGCGAGAAUGCCCAACACGAAGAUCCCGAGAUACUUAACCAUUUGGAUGUGGUUCUGCAGACGCCAUUCCCGGGUGAGUGCGGCUGGGACAUCAUCUCGCUGCAGUACACCGUCCAUGGACCGUUGGCCACCAUGCUGGAGCCAACGAUGCCCACGUACAAGACGAUCUUUAGACCGUUGUGGCGCCUCAAGCAUAUCGAGUUUCUGCUCUCGAUAAAGAUAUGGAAGACGCAGAUGUGCAAUGCUAAGAAGCUACGUUUGUUGAACCCGGUGAUUGGCAGGACGACACACCGCCUGCAUCUGUUCACCUCCGAGAUCAUGCACUUUAUUCACCAGAUGCAGUACUACAUCCUCUUUGAGGUGAUUGAAUGUAACUGGGUGGAGCUGAAGAAAAAGAUGGUCGCAGCCACGGCACUGGACGAGAUCCUGGAAGCUCACGAGCAGUUCUUAGCCAACAUUAAGGAGGGCUGCUUCAAUGGACAGAAUACGGACAAGGAGCAGUAUCUGGAUUCGGUGUUUGAGAAUAUAAUAGCGCUGGAGACGUGGCAAUCUCGCUUCUUCCGAUACUGCUUCCAGGAGCUAAGUGCUCGCGAGGAAGUAAAGAAGAUGGUGGCGGAGUCCGAGAAGAAGGGGCGAUUCGGUAUCACCGCCGAACAGAAGUUGCAGCGCGACCAGGAUUUCAAACUGUUUGAGCAACGGGUACAUUUGGCCAGACGCAACCUGGAGGAUAUUGCCGGCACUUACGAGAAGGCCGUGAGCGGCUUCCUGUUGACCCUCAACUCGCACGUGAACCCCAAUCUUCAGCUCUUUGGCACGCGGCUGGACUUCAAUGAGUACUAUAAAAAGCGUGACACUAAUCUUCUAAAGCCUCUAACGUUUGAGCACUUGCGACAGAGCAUGUGCACCAUACGCCCCAUGAUCCAUCAUCUCGCCAAGGAAUAGCAUCGCACAAUCAGCUUAAUCCACCUGUUUUGAUCAAUUACCGAUGGAGUUUAAUGAAGUUCUAUUUUAAAUUCGAGUUCCAAUGCCAUCUCAAAGAUAUCUCAACAUCUCCCAUAUGCAUAUAAAAAAUAAUAUAUUUUUUCGAAUAGACAUAAGGGAGAGCCCAAGUAUUAAAACGCACAUUUACUUUUCACAAACAAAAGCGUCGCUAAAGCUUAGCUAGCAAAAAUUGUUAAUACUCGUUUUUCCCCAAGUGCGCUGGUCAAUUGCCAAAAAAGUAAAAGACAAAACCUAAACUAAGAUAUUGUUAAAAUUUUUUUAAUGAACAUGUUUUUUGAACAGAUGCCUUUUGAAGUGUUGAGCGAACUAAUGAAAUAAACGCUUAAUUGUUGAUCUGCAAA